AUGUCCGGAGAGCACUCUAACACAAGCAAGGGCGUUCCAAAGGAGCCUGGAACAUCGGAGAAAAGAAACGCUUUCACCGAACUUCUAGCUCCCAAAAGCAAGCAACCCAAACCCACCCCCAAAGCUCCAUCUGAUCGCCAUGCGACGAAAGGUAGAGCUGUCUUCGGCGCCCGAGAUGGACUUGGAGUUUACAUUGCGAAGCCAGAAACAUAUGGCCCCGACGUUGUAGUCUACCACAAUGAAGACUUUGUGGCAAUCCAUGACAUGUUUCCGAAGUCGUCGCUACACCUUUUACUCCUACCCCGCGACGAGUCCAAAACGCGACUGCACCCAUUCGAAGCCUUUGAGGACAUCGAGUUCCUGGCAAAAGUGAAGGCUGAAGCCUGCAAACUCCGCACCUUAGCAGCAGGUGAGCUGCGACGCAAAUAUGGCAAAGACUCCGAGCAGGAGCAGGCGAGACAGGCCGCGCUGAGCGCCGAUCCGCCGCCUAACGAGUUACCCCAGGGUCGAGAUUGGGAACAAGAGAUCAUGGUCGGAGUGCAUGCCGUACCUUCUAUGAACCAUCUGCAUGUCCAUGUGUUAUCGGUGGAUAGGUACAGUGACCGUUUAAAACACCGGAAACACUACAAUAGCUUUUCGACGCCGUUCUUCGUGCCACUCGAGGAGUUCCCGCUGGCAGAAGAUGAUAUGCGACGGAGGCCGACAGAAGAAGGGUAUCUGAAACGAGACUUCAUUUGCUGGCGCUGUGAUAAAUCCUUUGGAAACCGGUUUGUGGAUUUGAAGCAACAUUUGGCGCAGGAGUUUAAGGAAUGGAAGAAAUUGUGA